AUAUAAAAUUAGAUGUGAAAACUUGGUGAAAUGAAUGAGUGCUCAAAGAAUACAUAAUGAUAUAUAGAGAGAGACAAGAGUUAGAGAAAAUGAGAUUGUUGAAAUGAAAGUUUUAUAAUUAGAAUAGAAAUAAAUAAAUUUAAGAUUUAAGAUGUCUUUAAUACUUAAUUAUACCUCUGGCAAUCCUAGAGCAAAUAAAAUCCUUGUUGCUGCUAAAUUAGUGAAUGUUGAAAUCACUUCCAAACUUUUAGAAUGGAAAGAAUUAGAAGUAUUUUAUAGUUUAAAUAACUUUCUAUAUAGACCCCGGAAUUCUUAGCAAAGAAUCCAUUGGGUAAAGUUCCUAUAUUAGAGACACCUGAAGGAGUAUUAUGUGAAAGCAAUGCUAUUUUAUAAUAUGUAGUAAGAGGAACUCCUUUGGUUGGAAAUAACGAAUUCUAAUAAGCCAAAGUCAAAUAAUGGUUAGAUUUUGCAUCUGGAGAAAUUGAACCAUAAUUAAUUUAACUUUUAUUACCAGUCUUUGGACAUUUUCCAAUUAAUCCAGCUCAAGCAACAUAAGCUCAUGCUGAAUUAAAUUGGAAAUUUAAAGUAUUGGAUGCCCAUUUUGCCAAUAGUCAAUAUUUAGUUGGUGAUUAAUUGACAAUAGCUGAUCUUAAUUUAGCUUCAUAUUUCUAAGGAAUAUUUUAAUUCCUUUAUGGUGAAGAUGAUAGAGUUAAGUUAGUAAACCUUGUUAGAUGGUAUAAAUAAGUAUCAGAACUUCCAGCUUUCUUAGAUGUAUUUAAAAUAACAAUUAUUUAGUUAUUCGGAAGAACAAGAUAUACAAAGAAGCCAUUCCCUGCAUUAUAAUUUGCUGGACAUCAUACACAUGGACAUGGACAUGAUCAUGGUAAAAAAGAACAUGGACAUGGUAAAGAACAUCAUGAGAAAAAAGAAAAGAAAGAAAAAUAACCAUAAUAAAAAUAAGAAAAACCAUAAAAGGUUGAAGAAGAAGAAGAAGAGAAACCAAAGAAAUAAACAUGUGAAUUUGAUACAUUACCACCAUCAACUUUUAAUAUUGAUGAUUGGAAGAGAUAAUUCUUAGCUUCAAAAGAUUAAGCUGCUGAAUUCUAACAUUUUUGGAAUGUUUUUGAUUAAUAAGGAUGGUCUAUCUGGAUUGUUAAAUAUAUUAAAGCAGAAGGUGAAGGAAAGGUUCUUAUUUCUUUUAGAAAUAAUUGCAAUGGAUUUUUAUAAAGAGCAGAUCCUCAUUUUAAGAAAUGGGCAUUUGCUAUUCAUGGUGUUUAUGGAGAUGUUCCUAAUCUAGAUAUUAGUGGUGCUUGGAUUUGGAGAGGAACUGAAGUUCCAUAAUAUUUGGUAAAUCAUUCAAUCUAUAUUUUAGAAAGAUCAUCCAACAUUUGAAUAUCUUUAACUUACAAAACUUGAUGCAUCUAAACCUGAAGAUAGAGCUUUAUUUGAAGAAUAUUGGACUUAAUAAGCUGAAGAUGAAUCAAAAGUCUAAGGAUAAACAGCUAGAGCAUUAUAUUAUUUUAGAUGAUAUUCUAUCUAAUAAUAUCGUAC